AUGGGAACCGAAUUAGCAAGCAUUGGUUCAAAUGAAGGUCUAAAAUCACUUCUUUAUGACGGUGAUAUUAUAAGAAAAUAUAGACAAGAAGUCGCAAAAUUAAAGAAUGAAGCAUCUAAAUUACGAGAUUUAUUAGGUGUUGACUUAGAAAAAUUACCUGAAUUACUUAAUGAUAAAAAACUUAUCGACAUAUUGACUACUCAAACUACAAUAGAGUUAUUUAUGUUAACUGAUGAAGUUACUAAAUUAAAUAGUGAAAAAUGUGAAUUAAAUAGUGAAAAAGAUAAAUUGAAAACAGAAAUAAUUGAUUUACAAGAAGAACGUCAACAAGCUGCUAAAACUACUGAUAGUUUGAAUCAAGAAAUCAUUAAAUUGAAAGCUAAUUUGACUGAAUUGGAAGAAACGAAAAAUAAUUUGGAAUCAAAUGUCGAAGAAAGAAAAAAAGUAUUAGAACAAGAAUUCAAUGAAUUGAAAACCGAAUUAGAAGUGAAAAAAAAGACUUUGGAAUUAAAUAUUAAUGAACAAUUAGAAACAAAAAAAUCUUUGGAACAAGAUAUUACGAAAUUAGAAGCUAAUUUAGAAGAACAUAGGAAAAAUUUGGAAUCAAUUGCUAGUAAACAAUUAGAACGCGAAAAAUUGUUGGAAAACGCUAAUAAAAUUAAAAAGGAAUUAAAAGAUAGAGAAGAAAAAAAAUUAGAGUCUGAUCGAAAAAUGAAAGAAAUUGAAGAAAAAUUAAAAAACAAGAACAUUAAAGUCAAAGAAUUAGAAAAUCAAUUAACUGGUAUAGAGUCUAAAAAAAAUGUUUUAGAAGUAAAUAAAAAAGGUUUACAGGAAGCUUACUUAAAAUACGGUUGGUUUAAAGAUGAAAAAUACAGAGGAACGGCUCAACAAUUAAUACCUCCAUUAAGACAAAACAUUCGUGAUAUUGAAUGUCAAUUAAAAGAAUUUGUCGCAAUUGAGAAUGAAUUAUCCGAAGCUAAGAAAGAAAUUGAAAAAUUAAAGGAACAAAAAAUACAUGAAGAUGAAUUCUCUGUUGCUCUUAAGAAUGACAUACGAGAGUAUAAAGAAAAAUUUAAUAAUGCGCAAGAGGAUCUGAAGAAAAAAGACAUUUUAAUCGAUGAACUUCGAAAAGAACUUCAACAGGAAAAGAACAAUAGAGAAAUAGUUGAGCUGUCCAGAGAGAAAGGAAAUUUAGAAAAAUUAUCUAGUUCAACUCGAGUUAAAGUCGCUGAAAGAAAUCUCCAAGGUUAUUUGGAAAUGCUAAAUUUUGAAGAUGAAAGGACGAAAGAAACUGCAAAAAAUUACCUAAAUAGGAUAUUAAAUGAUAUUGAAUUGGAUGCUCUUCUAAAUGGUCCAAAAAGAAUCGAAGAAAUAGAUCAAAAAUUAUCGAAAUCUGUCUAG